AUGACGUACAAAUGGGUUGCUACCGCGCUCCUCCGAGCCAAUGGACGGACACUGGGCAAUUCUGUAGGCGAGGCCAGUAAUACCAGUAUUGGCAGCGGGGACGGCACGGGGGAGGAGGACGACGAUUCUAACGGCAAGAAAAACCAAAAGAAGCGCGGUAUAUUUCCUAAGGUGGCAACAAAUAUUCUAAGAGCGUGGCUGUUUCAACAUCUAACGCAUCCCUAUCCCUCGGAGGAUCAGAAAAAACAAUUAGCACAAGACACAGGACUGACGAUACUGCAGGUUAAUAACUGGUUUAUUAACGCUCGGCGGAGAAUCGUACAACCAAUGAUAGAUCAAUCGAAUCGAGCAGUAUACACACAUCCAGGACCAUCAGCGGGAUAUCCGGAUGCUAUGAGCUAUAUGAUGGAUGGUCAGGCGCAGAUGAUGCAUCGACCACCGGGCGAUCCAACCUUCCAUCAGGGUUACCACUAUCCACCGGCGGAAUAUUAUCCUCACCAUUUGUAAUAAACGGCAAAAUUUGAGUGUCUAGUUUAGUUAAUUGUGUAAUGGAAGUUAUAUCGCACACACAAUGAACCCAGAUAAAAAAAAAACAAAAAUCGAGAUAAGAGAGAUAAAGAUGGAAGGAGCGCCUCCCAGUGAAAAAAUAACUUCUGUAAUACAAUGGAAAAAAGUGGCCAUCUUAAGGAACCAAAAAGCAAGCAAUGCGCAAAUACACAACAAUAUGCAAAGAUGAUGAAUGUUGAACGUUCAGAUGUAGUCCUUUGUACAAGCAGCAGAAAAAAACAUCACAGAAUAGUGCAUCCACCGGAAGACGAAAAAAAAACUUCACCGAGCUUUCUCAACUCAACACUCACACAUAUUCCGAGAGAAUUGUGGUUCUCAGCAACAAACAAACGAACAUCCUUAUCACAUCUUCAGUGGGCUAUCCUGUGGCUAUCAGCAGCAGUAAUAGUAAAAUUAUAUGUAUUGUGAGAAAGAUACCGGCUUCACGUGCAUUUUCCCUUUUUCUCAGAAGAUUCAUGCGUUUUAGUUUUUAUACUUACACAUUAAAACCAUCAACCAAACAACUUAUAAUAGUUUUUGUACCUUACGGGAUAUUUAUUUGUUAUUAUUUGUGUAUAUAUUGAUGUAAGCAAGCAGUAACACCUACGAACAUACAUUGCAUAUUGUGUUGCAUUAGUAGAUCAAUUAUUUAUGACAGCAAUUUAAAGAAAGGCAAAACAGGAAAAGCUCACACAUACCCUAACUAAAGAUAGAAUAAGUGGAUAGACUCAUCGGACUUCUAGUUUCCAUGUGCUCAUCAAAAGCAAUAGAAAGAUUUUUUUUAUUUGAACAUUAAAUUAAAUUAAAAUGUUCAUUCGAUUGUAAUUAUCAAGUUUCAGUAGAUAGUCAAGACUCAUUUUAUCGUCGCUACGUCCUAAAAUCGAUUCAUGGUACAUAUAUGAUCAUUAUUAUAAUUUUUUUUAUCAACAGAAAAAAUUUACAAUGUUUAAACUAAACUUUUCAAAAGUUUUCAAAACUUGUACCAUUUUUGUACGCCCAUAUAUCUAAAAAAAUGGAAACUAGAAGCUCGAUCUAUAAUCUAACAAAUGCACAAAUUCAAUUCAAACGUAAACUAGCAAAAACUUUACCAGAACAAGAAAAGGGAAUUGUACGGCAUUACUGACUGAAAUUCGUUAGUUUAAUGUAGCGAGAGAUAUGUAGAGUAAAAAAUCACCGAAGAUUCGUUACUGCAUUACAGCACUUCUUCUGAAGUCGUCGACGAUAGGGAAUUGAUGAAAUGAAACCACACACCACCCCCCACACAUACACACUAUUAAGAUUAUCUUAGUAGAUACGGUAUCAGUUUUACUAUGUAACUAUAAUGUACAUAAGUCACACUGGCGUAGACAAAAAAAACAAAAGAAAAACUAAGACAGCGAUUGGAAGAUUAUCCGCGGCUAUAUGUUUGGCCAGAUAAGAGAGAUUGUAAUCAAGUUCGUACUAAUGCGAAAAAACACUUUCAUCAAAAAAAACAGAUGGAGAAAACUAGUUGCCGAAUAUUUCCACACCAAGAACAAAAAAUUUCGGAACUAAUCCAUUAAAAAAAAGAAGUAAAUCAUUUCCAAAAGGAGGCAACUUUGUUAUUGUCACAUUGAUGUGGUAAAAUUGUAACUAUCUUCUAAAGUAGCUGCUACCUCCUUGCAGCUAAAUAACACGAGACCUGUUUUUUUUUGUGUAACUUGACAUCUAUUGUACCAUAAUAACAUCUGAGGAAAUAUUACUCAUUAUAAAUUCUGUUGAAUAUAUUUUUUCCGUUAUGUUCCGUUGUCUUCUUUAAUGCUUUACUACUUCUACUCUACAGCGUUGUUCCAUUGCAUUGAACAACCCGUCUCCGUUGAUCAGGAACAUUGAUUGAAGCACCAGAACACACACACCCAUAAUUAUACGUGAGUGCGUAUAGCAAUAAUUUUAAUUCGACUAAUUGUAAGCAUCCUUAUACCUAUACUACUAUCAUCUGUUCAGUAAAAUUUGAUAAACAAAAUCUUUUAGACAGUAAAUAAACACAACAAAAACACUUCCUAAAAUUUCAUUGAUUUUUGUUUUUGAAAAAUCAAUUAAAAGUGAUGUACAUUAAGUAGAAUAAAUCGUAUCGUUUCUUAUAGGUUAUUUUAGUUUUAUAUGUGUAAAAAAUCACUCUUAUAAAUGCAGGUAUCGCACUGAAGCAAAUUAUAUUUGCUGUGUGUGCGUAGGAAAGAACAACCGUUAGAUGAAAUAUCGUGUUAAUUAAGGUACCGUUAUAACAACAAACAAAACAGUAUAUGGUAAAAGCAUAUGGAAAAAAAUCAAACACAUCAUCGUGAAGAUGUGAGGAAAAAAGUAAAUAUUAUUAGGAAUGAUUGAAGAAUUUAUCUGAAUUAUACUAUUAUUUUGAAUUAUU